CAACCAGCAGGCAGGAGACAGGCCAGAGGUCACUGUAACACAGACCGCACAUCCCUGUUAAAUACAUCAGCUUUUAAUCAGUCCUUGUUCAAAGUCCAGCGAGUUCGGAGACCAGAACUCAACAGCAGAGAGAGUUCCUGAGCGAGUGAGCAGCCCGUGGCUCUCUGCCUCCAGACCAGAAAUGGCUUCCACUUUCAACCCUCGAGAAUGUAACCUGUCUAAGCAAGAAGGGCAGAGUUAUGGCUUUUUCCUGAGAAUUGAGAAGGACACAGAUGGCCACCUGGUCCGGCUAGUUGAGAAGGGUAGCCCCGCUGAGAAGGGUGGCCUCCAGGAUGGAGACAGAGUUCUGAGGAUCAACGGUGUCUUUGUGGACAAGGAAGAGCAUAUGAAGGUUGCAGACCUGGUCAGAAAGAGCGGGAAUUCGGUGACUUUACUAGUUCUGGAUGGUGAUUCCUAUGAGAAUGCCAUAAAAAAGCAGGUAGACUUGGAAGAGUUGGGCCAAAGUCAAAAGGAGUCCAGUUUGAAUGAGAAGAAGCCACCCCCUGUGAUGAACGGGGCCGUGCAGACGUGGACCCAGCCGCGGCUCUGCUACCUGGUGAAGGAGGGCAGUAGCUAUGGCUUCUCUCUGAAAACUGUCCAGGGUAAAAAAGGGGUGUACAUGACAGAUAUUACACCGCAGGGUGUGGCUAUGAAAGCUGGUGUCCUGGAUGACGAUCAUGUGAUUGAAGUAAAUGGAGAGAAUGUAGAAGACGCCAGCCAUGAGCAAGUGGUUGAAAAGGUGAAGAAGUCAGGGAGCCGAAUCAUGUUCCUGCUGGUGGACAAAGACACUGAGAAGCGCAACAGUGAGCAGAAGAUACAAUUUAAAAGAGAAACAGCUAGUUUGAAGUUGCUGCCCCAUCAGCCCCGGAUUGUGGCGAUGAAGAAGGGAAGCAAUGGCUAUGGUUUCUACUUGCGGGCAGGCCCUGAACAGAAGGGUCAAAUCAUAAAGGACAUAGAUCCUGGAAGUCCAGCAGAGGAGGCUGACUUGAAGAACAACGAUCUGGUAGUUGCUGUCAAUGGUCAAUGUGUGGAAUCCCUCGAUCAUGACAGUGUGGUGGAGAUGAUUAGAAAGGGAGGAGAGGAGACUUCACUGUUGGUGGUAGACAAAGAGACGGACAACAUCUAUAAACUGGCUCGUUUUUCUCCAUUUCUCUAUUAUCAAAGUCAAGAACUGCCAAAUGGUUCUGUCAAGGAGGCUCCAGCUCUUAUUCCUGCUCCCCUGGAGGCCUCAAGUCCAGACACUACAGAGGAAGUAGGCGAUCAUAAGCCUAAACUCUGCAGGCUGGUAAAAGGUGAAAAUGGCUACGGCUUUCACUUAAAUGCAAUCCGGGGUCAGCCAGGCUCAUUCGUCAAAGAGGUACAGAAGGGUGGUCCUGCCGACCUGGCGGGGCUGGAGGAUGAAGACACUGUCAUUGAAGUGAAUGGGGCAAACAUGCAGGAUGAGCCCUAUGAGAAGGUGGUGGACAGAAUCCAGAGCAGCGGAAAGACUGUCACACUCUUAGUCUGUGGAAAGAAGACCUAUGAUUAUUUCCAGGCUAAGAAAAUCCCUAUUGUUUCCUCCAUGGCUGAUCCACUGCCUGCAUCCCCUGAUUCCAAAGAGGGAGCCCCAGGAAUGUCAGAUUAUGACUCCCAUGUGACAAAGCCACGAGCCAAUAGUACAGCCUCUCACUCUUCUUCCAGUUCUGAAGAUACAGAGAUGUGAUGAGAAGAAGUAACAGCUUUGGCUGUCUCUGGAUGUUUAACAGGAAUCCUUUCUCAAGGAAUGAUUUGCCACCCGCUUACUAUCUCUGUCAGAAGAGAAGUCCUCUGGAAAGCAGUUCAUCACAUGCAGUUGCUUGCCUGAGGGGUGACUACAGAUGGAUUAUUUAUGGUCAACUUAGGAAAAGCUAAGGUCUUUCUUAAGGAGCCAGAUUUUCAUGUGAUCUCAUUUGAGCUUCAACUCAACUAUCUUUCUCUGUAUAGUGAAUGGUAUCUUUGACUUCUACAGGCUCCCCGAGCACUGAAGAUAAUUAAUAAAUCUGUACAUGAGUUGUUAAAUAAAGUCUCUAAGAAUCA